GCGCGCGGGCGCAGCCAUGUUGUGCAGCCAUGUUCCACAGCAGCACUCAGCGCCGGCACUGGACCUUCCGCGGCGAGGAGGAGCUGUCUCGGCGCCGGGCCGAGGCGAACCGCCGGGCCCGGAGCAGGGCCGCGGCCACCGGGAAGGUGCCGCAGGGCGACUUGGUGCUCCUGGAGCCGCACGAAGAGCUGGCGAUAUGCAAGUACUACGAGAAGCGACUGUUGGACUUCUGCGCCGUGUUCAAGCCCGCGAUGCCGCGGUCCGUGGUGGGAACAGCUUGCAUGUAUUUUAAACGCUUUUACCUCAAUAACUCAGUGAUGGAGUAUCAUCCUCGGAUAAUAAUGCUAACGUGUGCAUUUUUGGCCUGUAAAGUAGAUGAAUUUAAUGUAUCCAGUGCACAGUUUGUUGGUAACCUUCGAGAAAGCCCUCUUGGACAGGAAAAAGCUCUUGAACAAAUACUGGAAUAUGAACUGCUGCUUAUUCAGCAACUGAACUUCCACCUCAUUGUCCACAAUCCAUACCGGCCAUUUGAGGGAUUUCUAAUCGAUUUGAAGACUCGAUACCCAGUGCUGGAAAAUCCUGAAGUUUUGAGGAAAACAGCUGAUGACUUCCUCAGUCGAGUGGCUCUGACGGAUGCAUAUCUGCUCUUUACUCCCUCACUGAUAGCUCUCACUGCCAUAUUAUCUAGCGGUUCAAGAGCAGGAAUUAAUAUGGAAAGCUAUUUAUCAGAGAGUCUUAUGCUGAAAGAGAACAGAUCAACCUUAUCCAGACUACUAGAUGACAUGAAAUGCAUGAAAAAUCUCAUCAAGAAAUAUGAACUGCCAAGGGCUGAAGAGGUUGCUGCUCUGAAACAGAAAUUAGAGAAGUGUCAUACCUUUGAGCUUGCACUUAAUACAAACCCGAAGAAGAGGAAAGGUUAUGAAAAUGAUGAAUAUGUUGCAAAGAAAUCCAAAAUGGAUGAGGAAGAGUGGACUGAUGAUGACCUUGUGGAUUCUGCAUUACCUUAAAGGAAGAUGGACUCCUACCCCUCCAGGAACCAAUUUGGUGCCAGGUGUGACCCUACCUGCCACAGGUUCUUUAUAUUCUGUGUCAUACAGUUUUUAUGCUUUCAGUGUUUAUCUUGGCAAAAAAGCCUGUUACUUUGUUAAAAUAAAAUUAGUUGUGGUUCCUUUAAACCCUCAUCCAUGAAAGGUCAAAUAUUAGCAAGAAAUACUUGCUUUUAGAAAUCUGGCACUCAUUUGUGGUUUGGGAACAGUUUGCUGUGUGUGAAGUGUAGUGUUAGAGCAUUGCAGCCACUAAUUUGUUUCAUUUUCAUAUACCCCAUUGAAACAUAACAGUUCUACAAUACACACACUUAAAUGCAGCUUUGGGCAUUGCCCAAUUUCAUUUUCUUUGCUGCAUUUUGUAUGUAACAGGUAGAUUAACCAGGCAUCUCUGUGCUCAGCAAUUUUUUUUUACCAUGUUGUACUGCCUACAGCCAGCCACCUCAAUCCACAAAAUAAUCCAUUUUAUACACUCUGUUAAGAUCUAAGUACGGCAGAAUGAGAGAUUGUUAAUUACUUACUCCUCUCAGAUGCAGUUUAAUACAGACUUCACAGGGUUAUGGGACAAUCUAAAAAAAGACUUCUGUGGUACCAAGGUCUUGCAAACAGGUUUGUUGUCACUAUGGAGAGCAUCAUCUGUGCCUGCUGAGUGCAGUACUUGCAACACUUGGGAGCUCUCAGCUGUAGCACUGGACUCUCAUUUCAGGGAAGCAGUUCAGCUGGACACCAGGGUCAGCACAGCAGAGCCACUAUAAUACUACAGCAAAGACCUAAAAGUAAAGUCUCUGAUUUCAUGUGACAGUGAAUUGAAAAAGCAGUUCUGAUAGACAGGAGAAGCAGCAGUGUAGGUGUUCUAAUGGUGUAUCAACAACGUUCAUGUGAUAAAAUUACUUGAUUAUCUCAGUCUUGUAAUUGAAUCUCAGCAUCCUGUUAUGCCCUAUUAUUAGACCACUGUCUAGAAAAGUAGUACAUGGUGAUGCUGCAACGCCCAUCAACAGCACAUUUUACUUUUCAUUUUUUUAAACACUCUGUGGCAGUGCCAUGGGCAAGGAUACCUUCCACUACAUCUGGCUGCUCUAAGCCCCAUCCAGCUUGGCCUUAAAGGCUUCCAGGGAUAGGGCAUCUCCAGCUUCCCUGGCACUGUGCCCGUGCAUCACCACACUCAGAGGGAAGAAUUUCUUUUUAAUAAAUCUCAACCCACCCAGGAUGUUUUAACAUCUACUUUCUCACCUUGUCAUGUACAAAUUAAGGUGUAUGGACAAGGUAAUGCUGUUUUGAGGAUUUACGCUGAAAAAGUGACAGUGUGAACAUUUUAAAGUACACCACAUGUAGAGACACUAAAAAAUUUCCACAGCAGCCAAAGUUAGCAAGUUUCCAUACAGUUGAUAUGCAGCUUGAUUUAUUUUAAAAACUCAUUUUUCACUUAUAAAAAUAAUAUUUAUGCUAGACUUACAGUACACAAAAGACCAAACGAUACCUAUUUUAUAAAAUGGUUUAAUGAACGCAUGCAUGUCUGAUACAAUGAUCAAUAAAUUUACUGAAUUCAAAUUAUUUACUGUUGUAAACAUUUUACAAAAGCAUUGUGAUUUAUCCGGAUAUACAGUUCUUGAUGGAAGAACUAUUCAGACUGAAUCAGUGGCACAUCAAAAAAA